AAUAUGAGAUAAUUGAAUUGAAUAGUUAGUUACCAUGGGCAAACUGACGUUAUACAUGCGGUCACAAUACGGCACAGAUAUAUUAAAGAUAGCAAUGAACACAUUUCAUUUCCGUUUGAGGAUUCAAACGAGAUGGAUUUCAUUUUGUUUCUUGGUUUCUUUCUCUGCGUUUUCCCAUCGCAAGAUCUCGUGUUGGCGCGAUAUGCAGCAGAAUCAGAUGACACAAUUCAGUUCAAUCCAGAAGACACAAUACCCUCAGAUCGGUCAGGCUUCAAUGUGAAAUUUUUUUUGUAUAACAGACAAACACCCACAGAUCCAGAAAUUUUGCAAAUUAGUUCAGUGAGCUCUGGUUUAUUCGAUAACUGGAACAACAACAAGCCACUCAAAGUUGUCAUUCACGGUUGGAUGGGAAGUGAUGACAAGCGUUUUUGUACAACUUUCCGGGAAGGUUUGUUGGACAAUCAAGACAUCAAUGUGAUUAUAGUGGAUUGGAGUGAGGCAGGUUCUAAGAAUAUACUAUACCCUAUGGCAAGGAACAAGGUACCUGAGGUAGCAGCAGUGGUUGCGGAGUUCUUGGACAAUCUUAACCUUCAAUUUGGUGUGAAGUUGGAGGGAAUUCAUGUUUUAGGACACAGCCUGGGGGCGCAUAUUGCCGGCCUAGCUGGUUACUUGGUGAAGAGAGGCAAAAUAGGAAGAAUUACAGGUCUGGAUCCUGCUGGGCCCUUUUUCAGUCAAAACAAACCCAAUGAGAGACUAUCUCCAAACAGUGCCCUUUUUGUUGAUGUGAUCCACACCUGUGGAAAUUACCUGGGAAUGAAUGGGCCAAUCGGACACGUGGACUUCUACCCCAACAGUGGACACUUCAUACAGCCUGGUUGUGGAAUUGACAUAAAAGGUUCUUGUAGUCAUAGAAGAGCUUACUUUCUUUUCCUUGAGAGUCUUUCAAAUCGGAAAGCUUUCCCUGCAGUCACUUGUCCGAGCUGGAAAGAGUUUAAGGAUAAUAAGCAAUCUUGUGAUAUGGGUCGUGUCGCCUAUCUGGGAGAAGGACUGCCAUGGAGUACGAGGGGAGAAUAUUACUUAAGAACGAACAAUAACGCUCCAUUUGGAUUGGGCUAUGUGUAAUGAAGAGUCUAAUAAGAAAAGCCAGAUAUUUAAUAUUUUGAAACAUAUGUAUUUUUACCUGAUUUAAAACUAUUCAUUAUUUGUAUCAAACAUUUUUUUAUACAAUAUAUUACAUUAAUAUAGGCGUUCUUAAAAAAAAUAACAAAUAAAGAAAUAUGUCAUUAUUUUUCUAUGUACUGUAUUUUAAAAGAAAUGGUGUUUUCAGAUGGAUAGUAAUAAAAAUAUUUCACUAAGAAUAUCCCUUUUUAAAUAAAAACAGACAGCUUAUUAAAUUAUGAUGUAACAUUUUAAUUAAUCACUUUAUUUAUUUUGUAAUUAAUGCUAAUGCUGAUAAAUUUUGUACCAUUCCUAGUUAAUCAUUGAAAUAGCAGAUAUCACCAUUAAACGGUUUAAUUUAUGAUUACUUAGCAAAUAUGUACAAUUUGUUCAAUUUUUUUUUGUGAUGGCCUAUUUAAUUUUAUGUGUGUUCUAUCCCUGACAAAACAUUUUGGUUAGAUUAGAGCCAAAUUAAUAUUCCUCUUUUCUUUUAUAUAGUAUGAUAUUAUUGUUUAUUAAAUUACAAUACACUGAUAAGUAUAUCUGUUUACUAAAAUAUUGUUUGGUUUCAUAUGCCAUGACAGAUACAAUUUUUUUUUAAACUUGGUUUACUACAUGUUUUUUGUAUUUGUUCCCAAUUUUUUUUUUUGGAACAGCUCCUA